UCAAGAGUAAAGGGUAUUAUUGAGUUUUUAGUUCUACUUGCCAUUUCUUGCAGAUCCUUUUUCCUUUGUUGAUCCUAUCGACCUUUUCAUGGUCACACUGCCCCGACUCAGGCAUCACAAUCCCAAGUCGGUCCUAAUCAAAGAUGCUACUUCCAAGUUCUUCAGCACGGUCAUCAUCCUCUCCGAGAUCAACACGGAUAUGUGAUUUUGGACAUGCUCAAUCACAGAGCUUAACCCUUCUUAUUUGUGCAGCAGCCAACUCAUGGGUAAAUUGGUGAUUGCCUUGGGAUUUGCCAGUGUCUUUCUAAGCUUCUGUCCGUCUUUCUAGGCAUUCAUCCGGUGCAUGGAAGAAAGGUUUCGUCUGUGCAUGGAAUCGGGCCUUUGUCAGCGAAUGGAUUUACGGUCGAAACACCUUGACUCAAUGCAAUGGAGAGUUUCGAUGGCUGCAGUGGAGUUGAAUUAUCCGGUGGACUUUUCUAAGAUUAUGGAAUUCGAAAGGUUUGGAAGACGGGCUAAGGUUACAAAUAAUAUAAAGAAUGGAUUGAAAGAAACAGUUGAAAAUGAUUUGAGUAGUAAUUUUUCUUUGCUUCAGGUUUAUGGUUAUCGGAUGUUCCUGCGGGCUGAACACCUUGGCAAACUGGAGGAUAGUUUUCAAGAACCAUAAAGCCUAGAAUGUGUUUUUAAUUGUUCUAAAUUAUGUUUUAUUUUAUCAGUACUUGAAGUUUAUGGCUAGAUGGGAGCAGAAAAAGUCUGUCGGUGGUAAGUUUUUUUUGGUUUGCUCAAGUUUGUUAGGAUCCAUUGUUAAUGCAUACAUAAAAGUAUGGCCAUUUCUAAUCUUGCAAAUGAUGUGUUGUUCAUAUUCUAGGAGGAAAAAAGAAGGAAGUGAAGGAGACUGGUUUAGGUCUCUCUUUUACUAAGGAUGAAAAUUUCAAAGAAUGGUACUUUGAGGUAUAUUUUGUUGCAAUGGUACAAUUGCUUUGUGAUUGUUGUACUACUUUAUCGAGAUCUUAGUAUUUUAUGAUUAUAUCAUACAUUUUGGCUUUUGUAAGUUGCUGUCAACGAUGAAAUGAUUGAGUACAAUGACAUUUCUAGCUAUUA